GUUAAUUAAUAAAUUACAAGCAAUGGUAAAAAAAGAAUCUAAGUACAAGACAAAUAAGAAGGUUUCUAAGAAACCUACACAAGAAACUAAAAAACAUAAUGCUGAUCAUAAGGCAGCACAAAAACUCCCAGAUAGCAUCGGUCAUAUCGGAGAUGGACUAGGCGAUAAGAAAAUUAUUCAGUCAAUCGAUGAAAUUACAGGAUCCACAUGUCUUAAAGUCUAUACUGACAACUCCCACUAUGAAGUCAUUGACAAGAAGAGUCAAAGAAAGAAGAAGAACAGGACUAAGAAAGCAGGCUUAAGUGAUGAGGAGGACAAGUAUGAAGGCUCUAAGGAAGCUCAUGAAGAAUAUCCAAAAUAUAAAGUUCAAACUCUGCAAGACCAUAAAAAUGAGAAUCCUGAGAUUGAUCAAGAUUCUGAAGAGUAUGCUUACCAGCAGAAACUGAUUAACAAAGAGAAUACCAAAAAGAAGAAGAAAAGCAUGUUUCUUGAAGGAAAUCCCAAUCAUAUGUUAGAUCAAGUUGAUAUGUCAGAUGCAUUCGAAAAUUCUGAAAAGGAAGUUCAUAAUAUGGGUGGUAUGGAUGCAGGGAAGAAGGAAACUCUUUCUGACUCUGAUGAGCAAUCCGAUAAGCAUUAUGGCAUCAAAAAUAAGAACCGUACAAGGAAGAAAAACACUCAUAAGAAAAUAAUAAAAGCUGAAACUUCAAAAGGACUUGAAUAUUUCCAUGCUAAAUCUUAGAUUCUCUAGCAGCUAAAACAAUGUGUUUAAAUCUAAUCAU